UUUACCCAUCGAUCGCCACGAGCUUAUCGGACUCGCGAUCACAUCUGAAAAGUAGAGGAAACAAAAGUGAAGAUAAAUUAAUUAGCAAUUAGCCAGUGCAAAUAGACUGGUGUCAGCCGACUAGCCAAAAGCAGCUGAGCAGAUAGUUCCGCCUUAUUGCCUCGACCCGCGUGGAACCAAAAUAAACAAGCGAGUGAAAGGUGAAGGCAGUGGUGGAGGAGGAAGCGGUGGAGCUAGUGAAAGGGGGUGGAGACGGGGGGGAGCGGACAACGAGGCAGAAACAAAAGCACGAAACGGCGGACAGAACCAGUCGAAACAAAACAACAAACCGGAGCGGACGCACUCGAAAAAAAGCGAAUAAAAUUUAUUUUUGUGCUUAGUGCCGCGACAGUGUAUGUGUAAAUGUGUAUAUGUAUGUGUUGUGUAUAUUUAAACAAUAUUUAAAAAUCAUACGCCAGACGAAAAAGCAAAAAACGAAGAUCUCCGUCUCCGCCAACAACGAAGCGGAGCAGCAGACAGAUAAAUAAAAACACAGAAUCCGAGACAAAAACAACGCGACUGUGACGCGGCAAGGUGCUGGAGGUCACUCGGCCCAUUUCGCAUAGCACUACAGUAGCAACAUACAACAUCAACACCACCACCACCCCCCUUUUCCAACCAGUUUCAGUUCCAGUUCCAUCCGCCCGCAAACAACACGCGCGAUCUGAAAAAUCAAAAAAAAGAAGAAAAAAUCCUAAAUACAAUAGCAAACUCACGCGCUUCGUCGUUUUUAUUGCCCGCCCUCUCGACUGAUAAACGUCAGUUGAUAAAUAUAUAUCGCAUCACUGGCACUAAAACAAACACACCAGCAAACAAACACCAAUUAUUCCAAUAAAGCCAGCGCCAAGUGCGAAUGCGCCCUCGAUUUGUAUGCCAUCAGCAGCACUCGGUUGCCCAUACCCAUUACCAUCCCCAUUCCCACUACCAUUCCCACUUCCAUCCCAAUUCCAAUCCCAAUCCCCCCAAUCAUUCCCAUCACAUUUACGGCGCCACUGACGUCAGUUAUCGGCGUUAUCGCACCGCUAACAUGGUGGUGGCCGAGGGAGUUAUGGACUCCGCCGGAUCGGGGAUCGGUAUGGGGCACUUCAACGAGACCCCAUUAUCCGAACUGGGCUUUGAGACCCGCACUCAACUAUCCCGUAUGCUGAAUCGCAAGAAGGUUCUGCGAUCCGAGGAGGGCUACCAGCGGGACUGGCGUGGCAUCUCGGAAUUGGCCAAACAAAAGGGAUUCGUCGAUGAGAAUGCCAAUAACCCCAUGGAUCUGGUACUGAUCAGUUGGAGUCAACGGAGUCCACAGACCGCCAAGGUGGGGCAUCUCGAGAACUUCCUUGGCAUUAUCGAUCGAUGGGAUGUCUGCGAUGAUAUCCAGGAGAAUUUGGCCAAAGACACCCGUCGUUUUAACUUGAAGCAGGAGCAGAGACAAACCUCUCUGGUGGAGGCGUGUCCGCCGCCUCCCAGUGACUGUCUCGAGACCAACAACAACUACAGCAGCAGCAACAACAUCACAGUGGGCCAAAGUGUCCAAAUCCUGAGCGACGAAGAUCAGAGAUGUGUGCAAAUGGGUCAGCCGCUGCCCAGAUACAAUGCCUGCGUUUUGUAUGCCGAGGCAGACAUAGAUCAUGCCACCGAGAUCAUGAAUAAUCUAGAGUCUGAGCGAUACAAUCUCAGGCUCUUCCUGCGCCAUCGCGACAUGCUAAUGGGCGUUCCCUUCGAGCAUGUCCAACUCUCACACUUCAUGGCCACCCGCUGUAAUCACCUGAUCGUCGUGCUCACCGAGGAGUUUCUUCGGAGUCCGGAGAACACGUACCUCGUGAACUUCACCCAGAAGAUUCAAAUAGAGAAUCACACUCGCAAGAUCAUACCGAUUCUGUACAAGACGGACAUGCACAUACCGCAGACCCUGGGCAUUUAUACACACAUCAAGUACGCCGGGGACUCCAAGUUGUUCAACUUCUGGGAUAAAUUGGCCCGUUCGCUGCACGACCUUGAUGCCUUUUCUAUCUACUCCACGCGGCAAGUGCAAACACCCUCGCCGGUGGAGGAAACGGCUCCGCAGCGUGUGACCACACCCAGCAUUCGGAUACAGAUCAACGAUAAGGAUGUCACCGACCUACCCAACUACAAAGUACCGGAAGCGGAGACCACAAUUGUAUCGGUGUCCGGCGAUACCGGUUCUCCGCUGCCGGAACACAAACCGAAGAAAAAGGAUCGUUUCCUGCGCAGAAUUACGCACAGUUUUGGAAAGACGCCGCGUAACGAUAGUGCCAAUUCAAAGACCCUGCGACACGCCCACUCCGUCAGUACCAUAAAUGUCACGGAACGGGAAAGGACGCUAAGUGCCAGCAGCUCUAAUAUCUCCACUACGUCAGAGAGCAAGAAGAGCUUUAUCAAAUGGCAGCCAAAUAUCCUAAAGAAGGCAUUGUUCUCCCGGUCCAGCAGCAAGCUGCAGACACCGGGUUGAGAGAGAUCUUAAUGUUAGGAUAGCCAUUCAUUUGAUUCCUUGAUUCCUUGUCGCGUGUGCCGAGCCUAGUUACGGCCAUAGAGUCACCAAUGUCGUCACCCUCCAUGCCUAGUGAUAAUCCUUAGCCUUAUCCUUAUCAAAGUCAACUAACUUAAUAUACUUAGACGCACUUGUUAACUUAUAUAAGACAACAACGAAUAAAGACAAUACCACAUA